CUCUCUCUGGAUUCCCGCCAGCAGCGGCGCACGUCUCCUCUUAUAACUGCGGUGGCAGCACGUUGGCAGCCGUCACAUUGGAUACUCCGCGCGGCUGGAUUAACCACAGAAGCGAACCAUGUCGACAGUGACGGAGACCGUGACGGAAGAGCUGCCGGCCCCCAAGCCGUACAAAAGGGAGAUUGUAUGGCGCAAUGUGCUUCUCAUGGGAAGCCUGCACCUGAUCUCUCUCUACGGUUUCUACUUGAUUUUCUUCACCGUUCAGUGGAAGACCGUGCUCGCCGCAUACAUCCUGUACACGUUGUCUGGCAUUGGAAUAACAGCCGGUUCCCACCGCAUGUGGUCCCACAAGUCGUACAAAGCCAAACUACCCUACCGCAUCAUGAUGAUGGUUUUCCAGACCAUGGCAUUCCAGAACGAUAUCUAUGAGUGGGCGAGAGAUCACAGGAUGCACCACAAGUACUCCGAGACCACCGCUGAUCCGCAUGAUGCAACGCGGGGCUUCUUCUUCUCUCAUGUCGGCUGGCUUCUGGUUCGCAAGCACCCCGACGUGCGUGCCAAGGGCAAGACCAUCGACAUGAGUGACCUCCUGGCUGACCCAGUCGUCCGUUUUCAAAGAAAGCACUAUUUGUCCAUGAUGGUGGUUAUCUGCUUCGUCCUUCCGGCUGUGGUGCCGUGGUGGCUGUGGGGAGAGUCGCUGUGGAAUGCCUUUCUGGUCUGCUCCUUGACUCGCUAUUGCUUCACGCUCAACAUGACGUGGCUGGUGAACAGCGCUGCACACAUGUGGGGCAACCGACCUUACGACAAGCACAUCAAUCCCCGGCAAAACCUGGUGACCAUAGUCGGUGCCCACGGCGAAGGCUUCCACAACUACCAUCACACGUUCCCCUACGACUACCGCGCCAGCGAGCUGGGCUGCAGUAUCAACACGACGACGUGGUUCAUCGACUUCUUCGCCUGGCUCGGCCAGGUGUACGACCGCAAGGAGGUGCCCACGAAUGUUGUGGAGCGGCGCAUGGAGCGUACCGGCGACGGCUCCCGAGGCCUGACAGCGGGCACGCGCAGCAUCUGACGUGCGCACAGUCUGGCCUCGACCACCUGCUCUCCUCUCUCUUCUGUUCCUCAUUUGGGUGGGCGUGCUCCGACAAGUCAGCGCCCGUGUCUGUCGUAUGGAACUUGCGAUUGGUAGUUCAUGCUGCAGUGCAAGGACGUCGGUCAGCUCAUGUAGUCCUCCUAAGUUUGUGGAGGAGCUGCAGGUGGAAACAUUCCCAUUGUUAUGCCAAGAGGGGGCAGCUUGGAUGGCAGCCACGUUGUGCGGAACUGUCAGCCUCGCACUGGUGCCCCCGCCUCUCCUGCCGUCCGGCCCCGGUAGAAGUAUGAAAGCCAACGCUGUAGUGUUUCCCGUCAAGGCGUAGAUAAAGUAGGCCAAGUGAAUUAAAGCAGCCCGCUAUAAUCCCGUCGGGUGCAGCAGCCAAUUAGUGAUCCAACUUCUGCCUCUGUGUUUUACUGAAUUUGUCUUGACGUCAGGAUACCUUGGUUUCACCAAACCCGAAGAUCGGAUACGUCUGCCUAACUUACAUUCAUAGCACGUUUUUCACGGGCACUCGUCUGGCAGAAUCCGUCAUACUUCAGCCAUAUAAAUGGUUUCAGUUUAGCUAAUGUCUCGCCACUUGCACUACUGAAGGCUGAGUAUAAAUGGCACGUCUGGUGCAACAAAUGUAUGACGUGGCUCUAUGCAACAAAAUUAUUCGAUGCCUUGUAUACAAUUAAUUGAAUACCAGGAUUAAUUUAGAUCAAUUUUGAGCACCUGGUACUGUCAUGGCCAAUUUGAAGUACAACUAGGCAUGUCCAGAUGCCGGGCUGUUACUGGACACUCAGUAUAUGUGUACAGCAGCCACCAAAAGUCACGCGGUGUUUUUACAUGUAUAUUAAGCAGGGAAGAAGCCUUCUCAUGUUCUGUGAUAGUUAUCUCGUAUGUUUAGGUUGAUGUUGUGUGAAAUGUGACUUACUUUAUAAUGUAUACAACAGCUACAAGCACCGGUGAAUAAAAUUCCGAAGUGAUCUAAA